GGGCCGGCGUGGCUGAAAGCCUUGCUUCUCGGGGGCGGGGCAGUGGGAUCACUCCAGCGACAUUGUCCGGCAGGCGCUGCCCGCUGCCCGCGGCUCCGGGCCCUGCGGCGCCUCCGCCCAACGCGCUCCCCGCCCCUCGGCCGCCACCAGACGCCUGGGGCCGGGGAAAGGGCCGCCGCGCAAGGGAGUAUGUGGGCGAGCCACCGCCAGCGCUGCAGCUGUCCCCACGAGAUGGCCAGUAACCCCUGUGCCAGGUAGCAUCCUGUACCAACUUUGAAUGUUAUCAGGAAGUUACUGGGUAGUAAACUUUCAUGAUUAUAACGUACUACUGAAGUAACUUGGAAAGAGAAGAAAACCAGAAUAGAAACCAUGGCGAAGAUAACUAGAGUUGGGUCGGCAUCCCCUCCAGAUGGAGGCUGGGGCUGGAUGAUAGUGGCUGGCUGCUUCCUUGUUACCAUCUGUACCCGGGCAGUUACCAGAUGUAUCUCCAUUUUCUUUGUGGAGUUCCAGACGUACUUUGCUCAGGAUUACUCACAAACAGCAUGGAUCCAUUCCAUUGUAGACUGUAUGACAAUGCUCUGUGCUCCACUUGGAAGCGUUGUCAGUAACCACUUAUCCUGUCAAGUGGGAAUCAUGCUCGGUGGCUUGCUGGCAUCUACUGGUUUCAUCCUGGGAUCAUUUGCCACCAGCCUGAAGCAUCUCUACCUCACCCUGGGAGUUCUUACAGGUCUUGGAUUUGCACUUUGUUACUCUCCGGCUAUUGCCAUGGUUGGCAAGUAUUUCAGCAGGCGGAAAGCCCUGGCUUAUGGGAUCGCCAUGUCAGGCAGUGGCAUCGGCACCUUCAUCCUGGCUCCUGUCGUUCAGCUCCUUAUCGAACAGUUUUCCUGGCGAGGGGCACUGCUCAUCCUUGGAGGGUUCGUCUUGAAUCUCUGUGUCUGUGGCGCUUUGAUGCGUCCAAUUACUCUUAAAGAGGACUGUUCGAGUCCAGAGAAGACUAGCGACCAUGGAACGCAGAGAGAAGACUGUAAGCAGGCAACUUCCUAUUCACCUCUGACCAAAGAAUGGGCACAGGCCUGUCUUUGCUGCUCUUUGCAGCAGGAGUAUGGUUUUUUACUGAUGUCGGACUUCGUCGUGUUAGCCGUCUCCGUUCUGUUCAUGGCUUACGGCUGCAGUCCACUUUUUGUGUACCUAGUGCCUUAUGCUCUGAGUGUCGGAGUGAGCCACCAUCAAGCCGCUUUCCUUAUGUCCGUACUCGGGGUGAUAGAUAUUGUUGGCAACAUCACAUUUGGAUGGCUUACUGACAGAAGGUGUUUGAAGAAUUACCGGUAUGUUUGCUACCUCUUCGCUGUGGCAUUAGAUGGGCUGUGCUAUCUGUGCCUCCCAAUGCUUCAAAGUUUCCCCCUUCUUGUGCCUUUCUCUUGUACUUUUGGCUACUUUGAUGGAGCCUACGUUACCUUGAUCCCAGUAGUGACUGCGGAGAUGGUGGGGACCACCUCUUUGUCAUCGGCACUUGGCGUGGUAUACUUCCUUCAUGCAGUGCCAUACUUGGUGAGCCCACCCAUCGCAGGAUGGCUGGUGGACACGACGGGCAGCUAUACUCCAGCGUUCCUUCUCUGUGGAUUUGCUAUGAUAUUUAGUUCCGUACUGCUUGGCUUUGCUAGAAUUGUAAAGAGGAUGAAGAGAACGAAGCUGCGGUUCCUUGCCAAAGAAUCAGAUCCCAAGCUACGACUGUGGACCAAUGGAUUGGUGGCUUACUCUGUAGCAAGGGAGUUAGAUCAGAAAGAUGAGGAGUCCAUGGCUACAGCUGUGCUAGGCUGCAAACUCACGUGACCAAUGUGGCCCUGUCCCUGGGAAUCUUCAAGGCUGGUGAACCUAAGGCCACCAGAUUGUUCACAUUUUGGAAGUAUUUUAUUUUGACAGAGUAUCACCUCCCAAGAAAAUUAUUAAUGCUGUUUUUGCUAAUAUAUUUAUAAGGGGAAAUAACCAAUAAGAGAGAAGUCUUGAGUAGCCUAGGGUUUCCUCAUUCAGGAUUUGUGCUCACUGUAAAACUUAGCUCCAUGGAGGAGGUCAGGACAUAAUUGAUGGAAUUAGAUGUAUUUAAGAGUAACUCUAAGGUAUAACUAAAGCAGAGACCACUGGGCAAUAGUUUUGUCAUCACAAAGAUCCUGUCUAUCUUUAUUCUCAUUUUUAACAGAAGCAUUGGACUGCUAGUUGAGAGUGAAGUUGCAGAGCUGGAUUCAUAAAUAGAGUGCCUCAAGUUUUCAAAAGAGUGCCAAAAGAGUAGUUGAGACUCCCUGAAAAGCAAUGGUUAAUACACAACAGAUUGUCUUUUAAUAGUUUCCCAGUCAACACUUGCCUCUUUCAAUGGAUUGUCAUCACGUUGCAUGUCUGAAUAAUCAUGAAAUGCUAUGGUUGGAAUGGAUUUUAAAGGGUGGCUGGUAGUGUAUUUCAUUUGUAACUGUCUAACUGAAACAGGAAGCUCUCUUCUUAGUGUGUCCCUGCCACUCACCUCUGUCACUCGCACAAACUUACUCUUAAUCCAACACAGCUCGUUGAGUGAUGGAACAACUUCUCCAUCUUUUCUGAAAUGUUAGUAACACCCCAAGUCCCCAUUGUGAAUUUGAAAUGUAGACACAUUCCUGUUAGGAAUAGAAGAAUGUUGACACUACUCCAAUUGAGCAGCAAUUGAAUUCUUGAGUCAGCAGGGUAACUGGUGGGAGUUUUCUUUGCAAACCAGUCAUUAGAGUCAUCCUUGUCCAAAAGAGGGCUUGGGGGUUUUCUUGUCAUAGUGAGGUUCUAAAAAUGGGAUUCUGUGCUCGCCCUGUUCAUUUUUGAAUCAUAGUUAUAAACCUGACUCAUCUGUUUAGAAGCUUCUGUUCAUUCUCAAAAACCCAACUCUUCUGCAACUUGGAAUCAUUUCUGAAUUUUCGGAUUGGAGAAGAGAAUAUGGAGGAAAAAAAGAGGAAGGGCAGGGCCCAGCUGUCUCAAACCCAUAGACUUAAGAGUCCCAAAUCCCCAAACAUGUUAUAUCUGCCCGGAAGUAGUGUUACGUAAUUAAAAGGGGAAUCUUAAUUAUUCAAGAGAUGAAAUCCAAGUCACAAGGAAACAUUUUGAUCUCAAAGGCCAUUUAACCUACUGUCCCCAAAAGGCUUCAGAGUAGCUUUUGCCAGACAUAGUGCUGGGAGAAAUAGCAAAGCAUUGAAGAAAGUCGAGGAUGGCUGAGUCCUUGUUUGAGCUGGCAUGUGUUUGUGUUGCUAUGUUAAUUUUAUAAGGGGAUACCAGCUUGAUUUGAUGGGGAAAAUGAUCCAUUGUAGCCUUUCAGGGGAUACGGAUGUUCUGUCUCUAUGUGUCCUGUGACUUUAGUUUUGAAUCCAUUCACUUUGUCAUUUGCAAUUUUAAGACUAUUUUGGGUACAUCUGUAAAAAUUUAAAGUUAAAAUGAAACACUUGUUUUGGAAUAACACUUUACCUUAAAUGUCAUUUUUUUCUAUCUUAAAAAUGGUUUCUUAAAGAAAAUAUGAAUGCCCUCAGGCGUAUGUUUUCAAAGCAUUGAUUAUAGUAAAUGUCAUUUAUGAUUAUAGUAAAUGUCAUUUAUGUGAUUCUAUAAUAUAAUUUCUCUAUUGUGUUUAUAAAAGAUUAGGAUAGUGAUCAAAGGUUUUAACAUUUUAUAUUAAAACAUUUCAGGUUUUUCACUUUAUACAUGCAAUAAAUUUGCAUUCUAACUCUCUGGGAACAUUUUUGAAGAACCAGUAAGAAAAGAUGUAGACCCUGGAGUUUACAGUUUUGACAUCUAUAUGAAUUUUUACUGUUUUUUCCUCUCCAUCUAUUUAAAUGGUUUCAAAGUGUAAGGAAUUCAUGGGAAUGGGAUAUUUUAUGGAAUGAAGAAUAAACUGUAGAGGAAUGAUUCUAUGCCUUAAGUAUUUGUUUAUCCAACUGUAAGUUUUACUUUGGAACUAAGUAGGAAAACAGAAGAACUGAUCUAACUUCUCAAUGUGCCAUUUGUUCCUUUGUUUAAAUUAGAAUUUUACUACUGGAUUAGAUAUAUAGGCUAAUGUUUUCCUAGUGCAAAGGCAAAAUAAAGUGUAUUUAUAGUCA